AGGCCUCCUGCUGUGUUACCAUCGGCUUUCCUUGUCGAUUUCAUCCCUUGAAGGCGUGCUAAGCAAAAUGCUUCUCUGCCGCGAGGACACGGGUGGUGCCCCGUCCGUAAAAGUGCUUCUCCCCUUUCCGCCAGUAGAUGAUGACCUUUUCAGGAAGCAAACAUCGAGCGAAACUAUCUUUGAGCGGCUGCACCGCCUCUCUCCGCCUUCCCUCAGCCGACCCGCGUUUGAGGCGGUUGUGUCACGGGCUCGACAAGAAGAGUCCGUCUGCACCUUUGCCCCGCAGGUGAACCACACCCACGAUGAUGUCUUGCGUCUGUGGAGCGCUAACUCCAGCGUGUUUGACCGACUCUACGGAAACGCGCAGUGCCAACAGGAGCAGCAGUCGCACCGCAGCGAUGCACGGCCGCAGCGCGAUGUCGAGGAAGAUGAGAGGUUCCACCAGCGCUUCAGAGCCUACACGUUUCCCUCCCAUCUGUACUCGUUUCCAACGCCAUCCCGCAACCGCAGGGACUGCGAGAACAGGUACAACAUGCGCGGUCGAGGAAGGUACUCGGAGAGCCCGCAAGGGCGACCAUCGCGUCGCUCUACCUGCGUGGGCGAGAAGCGCGAAAACGGGCUGCAUCACCGCCGUCGCGGGUACUCGCACAUUGCGUCCCCCCUGUCAGCACCGGUACCCCAUCAUAGAAAUAACGCCAGCCCUAGCAGACACAUAUAA